AGCGCAGGCGCUGCCCGCGCCGCGCCCGCAGCGGGCGGGGCGAGGCGACGCGGGGUUGGCGCCUGCUCGGUGCCCCUGCGGAGGGUCCGGGGUGCCCCGGCAGGUGCCUGCUCCCCGCGCGGCGCUGCCGGCCGGGGGCCCGCCGGCGCAGGAGCUGCGGAGCCCGGCGCGCUGGGCGGUGUCGGAGCGGGGCGCCGCGGCGAGCGCGGGCCCGAGGUGCCGCGGCGGAUGGCGAACAGGCGAACGCCGGAGCUGCUACAUCCGGGCUGCGGCUGCGGGCACCUGCCGCGCCGGGGGCCUCGGGUGACAUUGGGCCUCGGCGGCUGAACGGGGAGGACGGGCUCCGGAGUGUGGUAGAAAGCGAGAUCUUCGCCUGCGCCCGCUGCCGCCAUGUUUCGCGUUAUCAUCAGCCACGCCAAGAAGCACCCCAGUUUGAUCCCUCUGUUUUUGAUCAUUGGAUCUGGAGGCGUUGGCGCAGGCCUGUAUCUCAUGCGUUUGGCAGUGUUCAACCCUGAUGUCUGCUGGGACAAGACAAAUAAUCCAGAACCUUGGAACAAGCUGUCUCCCAGUGACCAGUACAAGUUCUACUCAGUUAACGUAGACUACAGUAGACUGAAAAAGGACCGUCCUGACUUCUGAACAGCACACUCAUCUCCAUAAGCUGCACAGAAAGGUCUUCCAAAAGUCAUCCGCACAAUUGUCAUGCUUAAUCAUCCAGGAAAUAAUCAAACUUGCCUCACACUGCACUUAAUCAUGUGUUUGAAAGUUUUUGAUGAGGCCUAAUAAAUGUCUGAAACUUGAA